AUGAAGUGGGACGACUUGGCUCGUCAACUGACUGACGUUCCUCAGGGAGGGGGUCGAUGCAUCUUCGCGGCUCUUCACUCUCUGGAUGACGGGUCCUGCCUCGGAAGAAGUCCAAAAGAUGGACCUCAGGUGAAAGUAAACGAGAUAAUGCAGUUGAAGAAGGCUUUUCGGGAUCCCACGAUGCUCUACUCCUCGGGGAUUACCCUCAAAGACAUGCGCUUCACCUACGUCAAAGUGGAGAAAAACGCCCUUCUGGGAAGGACAUCAAGGCUGGCUUGCCUCGUCAUGCAGACAGAUAAAGUCUACAUUAUCUGCGUUUAUCCAGGAGAUGAGCUGACAAAACAUGUUUUCUACAACUGCCAGAGUGUAUACGAAAGAAUUCGAAGUGCCUGACAAAACAAUAGAAACUGGAAAACUUAGUAUGAAGCGAUAUUUUAAUGUAUGAUAAUC